AAUGGGAUCCACUAUUACAUGAUGUGUGAGAGUAAGCCUUGCCUUUAAAUAAAGUGCAAUGGAGGAGAGAAUUGUAGCAAUAUCUAUCUUUUAUUUUUGUAACUUCGUUCUUCCAAGUAACUCAACUGAAUGGCUCUCUAUGGAAAGUUGGAGACUGACGUAGAAAUGAAGGCUUCAGCGGAAAAGUUUCAUGAAAUAAUUCAUAAAACGCCUCAUCAUCUUUCCAAUAUCUGUCCAGAUAAAGUAAAAAGUUGCGAGUUAUAUGAAGGCGAAUGGGGCAAAGUUGGCAGUAUCCUCCAUUGGCACUACUUUUUUGAAGGGAAGCCUUGUGUGUCAAAGAGGGUAAUAGAAGCUGUGGACGAGGAGAACAAUUCAUUAACGUGGAAAGAGAUAGAGGGGGACAUUUUAAAGCACUUCAAGAGCUUGAGAUUUAUAAUCCAAUGUACCCCGAAGGAUAAGGGAAGUGUUGCUCACAUUACUUUGGAUUAUGAGAAGCUGCAUGAAGGAAUUCCAGAUGCUCAUAGUUUUCUGCAGCUUUGUGCUGAUACCGCCAAAGACAUUGAUGCUUACCUUAUGGGAUACAAUAAUGGUUCGCGUAUAAGUGCUAAGGCAUGAGCAACAAGUCUCUAUCAACACCCAUAGCUCUUGGGUGGUGCUAUUACUAUGUUAUGGAAUAAUAAUUGGCAAUUAUACUAUGUUGCUAAUUAGUAUUUUAUACUUAAAUAAUGCUCGUUAAUACAUAUAGUAUACUGUGAUUUAGCAUGUUUUAUGGCAUCUUUAGUGGGAGAUGUUUGUUGUGAAAUAUUAUAGUCUAAAUCUUUGUAUGCUUCUAAUAAAA